GACCCCCCCGCCGCGCGUUUGUCUUCUCUCCGGAGCAGCGGCCGCUCACGCCCGAGUUCUCCGGUCCUCCUCGCUUGUCCCCAGCCCCGUGUGUCCUGGGAUCCCAUGGAGCCCGAGCAGAGCGCGUCCCCGGGGGACGGCGCUGCUGAGGUGCUGCUGAGCGAGCUGGAGCGGCAGGUGCAGGAUGUGGUGCGGGCGAGCUCCUGGUGGGAGCGCCGCGGUGUGGACUGCGCUGUCCUCGCUGUCAGCUUGCUCGCCUUGCCGGCGGGGUUCCUGUGCCUACGCUUCCAUAGUGUCCUGGCCUUUACUACUGGCAUCACCAUCUUGGGCAUCUGCCAUUACACACUCACAGUCAAGGGCAGCCACCUGGCCACUCACGGUGCCCUCACAGAGUCCAAACGCUGGAACAAGAUCUUGAUGAUUUUCUUUGUGGAGGUCUGCACAGCCUUUCCUGCAGAGUUUGGUAAGUUCAGCCACGUCAACAUGCACCAUGGUUACACCAACGUGGUGGGCCUGGGAGACUCGAGCACAUGGAAGAUGCCGUGCCUCAACCGCUACGUCUACAUGCUCCUUGCACCGCUCUUGAUCCCCGUCUUAACUCCACUGGUAGCUCUUGCUGGGAGCCACGAGUCAAGACUGUCCGAGGCAGCCAAGCUGGGUGGAAAGAACCCCGGAUCUGAUCCAGAACAUUUGAGGAAGGAAGAGCUGAGGGUGGCACUUCGGACACUGGGCUUCAUGUCCCUGGGCCUUUAUUCUCAGUACUGGCUGCUCCUGAAUGUGUCCGGCUUCAAGAGCCCCAGUUCAGCACUGGCUUGCAUGCUGCUUGCCAGAUCCCUGCUGGCCCACCCCUAUCUCCAUGUCAACAUCUUCCAGCACAUCGGAUUGCCUAUGUUCUCCCCGGACAAGAAGCCCCGACGGAUUUACAUGAUGAGCCUGGGGGUGCUGAACCUGCCACGGCAGCCACUGCUGGACUGGGCAUUCGGCCACUCGCUCAUCAGCUGCCAUGUGGAGCAUCACCUCUUCCCGUGGCUCUCUGACCACAUGUGCCUGAAGGUGAAGCCCUUGGUAUCCAAGUUUCUUCAUGACAAGCAGCUGCCCUAUAAUGAGGACUCCUAUCUGGCUCGCUUCCAGCUGUUCCUCAGUCACUAUGAGGAGUUCAUGGUGCAUGCCCCUUCCAUCACCGAGCUGGUGGGGCUGCAGUGAAGGCUGGCUCCCCGCCCUGGCCCAGUCCUGGCCCUCCUGCACUGCUGGCCCCGGUGGAUCUGGAAUACGGUGCUCUCAGGAAGAUGGUGAAGCAGAGCAGAUUGUGCCUGAUGUCCCAGGGGUCUCCUGCUCUGGGGCUUCUCGGGGAGUUGAGUGGGGGUGGGGUGCUGGGAGAAGGACUGAAAGCAAUGCAGAGGCUGCGCUUCCUGAUCCACCUCGGCCUCGGCCGACUCCAUCUCAGGAUCCCUUUCUCUGCUGCAUCUGAGCCAGGGUAGGGCUAAGGGGGCUGGUGACAGGUGAGGUGGGAUCCUAUGCUCGGGUGGAGGGGAUACAAAGAGAAGGGCCAGCCUCCUCAGCCCAGACCUCCCUGGUGCCUAAGAGCCAUUUACUUCCCAAGCUGCUGCUUCCUCCCAUACCUUCUGAGGUUCUAGUCCCCCGCGGCCAACAGGAUGAGGUCAUUUUUUGGCAGCCCCCCCCCCCAGCUCUUCAAUCAAAGGAUCCUGUGCCAGACCACGCUCAGCAGCCCCAGGACCCACAGUGUCAGUGAGAUAAAAGUGGGUGUAUUUCCAGGGAGGUGCUCCAGAGGGGAACAAAUGCCUCAGGCAUGAAAUUGGAGAAACCCCCCCCCAGCUUUGAGCAUGACCUUGGCUAGCUCUAGACAAGUCUGCUUUGUUCCGUGUUUAGAAGGAUCCAACCUGGGUGAAUUACUGGGAGGCAGCUGAGGAUGGAGACAGUGAACUGGAGCUGGGCCAGGAGGACCGGGAGGGAUGGACAAAGCAGGGCGGGUGGGGUGAGACAGGAGAGUUGAGGACAAGGGCUAGGCCUGGCUGUGGGAGGGCGGUUUGCAACUUGGGUGGGAGCCAAUGUUGCCAAACCUAGGAAGAAGCCACGCUGGGGACACCACCAAGAUCCAGCCCAACAGGCAACUGAGAUGGAGCUGCCUCAGCCAGAGGAUGGAGCAGAGGGUUCCCGGAAGGACCCGGUGGAGACAGGAGGAGGGACUGCAAGGUUGACCGGCACCGGGAGGCCAGGGCGGUUAGUUCAUAGCCUGGCUUCUCACCUUAGCCCUCCGGACAUUUGGCUGAUUCACACACUCAGGCUGUGCCGAGCACUGUGCGCACCCUUGGCUUCUGCUGACUGGAUGUUAGGAACCCAAAUCAUGACAAUCAAAAUUGUCUCCUGAUACAGCCAUAUGUCUCCUGAGUGGCAAAAACUGCCCUUGAUUGAGAACACACAAGUCAUCCUUCUGAGUGCAAACUGCUUUUUCAGUUAAAUCACUGGGUGGAAGGGUGGACUUCCCUGACAAUGGGAGGCUGAAUGCUAGCAAAAGGGAACCAAUAGGAUGGACAGAGAGCUGGGAGGCCCAGCCUGUUGGAGCCCAUCUUGGGUCUGGUGUGGCCUAGGCAGAGGUAGCUGUUGCCAGCCUGGACAGCCCUUUCCUACUGUCUUCACCUGGCCCUCCUCUAGUGGCGACCAUGGCUUCCUCCAGGACCCUUUCCUCCAGCUGUGGCUCUUCCCAGCCUCUCCUCUGGGCUCCUUCUGGGCAGGGCCUGGCCUGGCAGUGGCUACUAGCUGCUGCCGGCCCCUAGGUGCUUCUCUGCCUCUGUAUCUCUGCUCAGAGGUCCUUCUUCACAAGCCCUUCACUCUUCCUUUUGAGUCUGUGCCCUCUGUUCCCUGCUGGGAGGCUCCCGGACAGUAGUUUUGGCUCCAAGCCACCCUCUUGGGUUGGGGUGGGCUUGGCAGCCGCCACCACCUCCUGCUUUGCUGUAUGUCAUCGCUGGUCAUUUGAAAUGCAUUAGCAGUUCAGAAGGGGCCUUAGGGCCUGAGAGUGUAAUUCAUCAAACUGCAAAUUCUCCCUAUGAAAAAUGCAAUGUCAGAAAAGGGUCCUGGCAGCAUACCCAAAGCUAAUGAUUAAAACUAUCCAAACACACGA